UUUUCAUUCAAGUUCAUAAUCAUUUGGCAUAAUUACCAGCAUUUCACCAAACCAAAUUUAGAGGUCAGAAUAUUAAUUUUCGAAGUUAAAAAAACUCCUGGAUUCAAAGUAUUCAUUUUGAAAGAAGGAAAUCAACUUUUAGUGGUUAAUGUUCAAGUACAAAUAUCAGAUUCCAACGUAGAAUUUUGCUUUGUCUUAACGAAUUUAUGACCAAAUACAAUUAGCGCGCAAGUAGAAAUAUUCCGGCCGUUUAUGUUCUUUUAAGAAAUGGUCGGUAAUGGUGAAUACGAGGAUCAAAACUCCUCAAAUGCGUCAUCAUUUUGGGAGUGUCGAGAAUAUCAUCGCACGGUUAAACGCGUGGAUGCUGCAUACAAACUUUGUAAUGAAUUAUGUUUAAUGAUACAAGAACGGGCAGAAUUAGAAAAAGCCUAUUCAUCUAAUCUUAAGAAAUGGUCUUCUCGGUGGCUUAGUUUCCUUGAUUCUGGUCUAGAGUAUGGUUCUGGAUCCUCCCCUUGGAAAGGAUUAUGUAAGGAAGCUGAAGCUGUAUCAAAUGCCCAUCAAAAUGUACGCAACAUCCUAAUAGACGACAUUCAAACUGGAGUUAAGCAAUGGCAAAAAGAGCACUUUCACAAAAGUUCGUUACCUCCGCAGACAUUGAAAGAAACAAAACAAUUUGAACAAGAUUUUGAAUUAGCGCAGAAACAAUGGUCCAAACGUUUGAAAAAAGUUCACACUACUAAAAAGGAGUAUUAUCAAGCUUGCAAGACAGAACGUUCACUUCAAGUUCAGGUUCGGAAUGCUAAGAGUGACCCAAGUGGUACUGCUGAGCAGCUUAAGAAAACACAAGAAAAAUUAGCUAAAGCGGAAAAAGAUGUUUAUCGAACUCGUGAUGCAUAUAAAAUGGCAUUGGCUGAUUUAAAUACUGAAAGUUCACGAUAUGUUGAAGAAAUGACCAAAGUAUUUAAUCGAACACAGGAUUUUGAACGUGAACGUCUUAGUUUUUUUAAAGAUAUAUUUAACAGUCUACAUGGUGCUCUUAAUGUUUGUGCGAAAGUUAAUUACGAUUCUAUCUACAGUGAGUUAGCAGAGAGUAUCUCACAAUGUGAUGUUGAAGCAGACUUAAAUUUGUGGUCGUCAAAUCAUGGAGUUGAUAUGCCUUUCGUUUCCCCACAAUUUGAAGAGUAUUCACCAGACCUUGCAUAUAUUACUGGUAAAAAACGUGCUACACUAACUGAUCCCGAUUCUCCUGUCACUUUAACUAAUAUAACAAUGAUAAGUCAUCCAUUUGACCAUGAGUCUAAUGAAAUAACAUCUAAUAAUUCUAGAAGUAACAAUAAUAAUCAUAAUAAAAAAUCAGAGAAUACUAUCGUUUCAUCAGCUAAUGGUCGAAAUUCUGAUACAAAUAAUCCUUUUGAUGAUAAAGUUUCUACAAAUCGAAAACCAACUAAUGGAGUUAAUGCUAGUGUAUAUGCUAUGAGUUCAGGUUCCGCUGCUGCUUUUGCCGGUGAUGGUGAUGGCGGCAUCGAUUCUAUGUACACUGAAGAAAUCAAUGAUGCAACUUAUGAUGAUGGUCGGGAAGGUGUAAAAGUCCGUGCACUAUAUGAUUAUGUUGGACAAGAUGGCGAUGAAAUCAGCUUCGUUGCUGUUUUUUCACUUUCUUUGUCUCAAUGACCACUAAACAAUGAAUCAAUGUAUUGACUAACCUAUUCUAAUGUGUAUUUUUUAAAAGCUCUAAAGUUGAACAAUACUUUUAUCUGUUUCACUGGAUUUUUUCUAUCAAACUGAUAUCGGUAAAUCAUCAAAACAUUUUGUAUAACCAACUAAAUUAGCAAAAUGAACUAUUCGAUCGAAAAAUGUUAAUGAAAAAAUAAGUACACGAAAAUUACUAUUUUCUUUUUCAUAUGUUAUCUUAAUUUUGAGGAUAAUAAUAAUAAUAAUUUCAUAUUUCAUGUUUAUCAACUUGUUUUCAUUUUCGUUCAUAAUCUCUUAUUGUUCACGCUCGUAUUGUUUUUAGCGGUUGCUCCUGGCUAAUUUGAUAAAACUUAACUAUCAGAGAACAGAUUCUUGUAUUUAGCUUUGACGUACACUGUACGUAAUAUCUGAAUCCGCGAUUCACUGAUUAAAAACCAAGUACUUUAACCACUGAGAUUGUAUACUGUAAUUUCAUAACAGAUAUUUACUUAGUAGGUCCCUAUACUUUCUGUUCAAAUAUUUUCCCCUGAGAUUGUUUCAUUUUUAUUCUGUCAUAAAAGACGUAAGCAGUGUUGUUUCCUCCCAGUUCUCCUUUUAGUGGCUUGUGUGUCGAUUAGGUUAUCAUUUAUUUCCUUUUUCCAUUGGAUGUCCAGGUUUUAUGAUAGCUAACUACUGUCAACAAUAUUCAGGGGAAAAUUAGUCAGCUGGAGAUUCUAGAUAUGCCUUGAUGGUGCGAGUGUCAGGUAUCAGGAGAUGCUGAAAUAUUCAUUCCACCAUCCAUUGUCAAACCUAGUCCAUUUCAAUGUAGAGUUACUUAACCCAAUAGCCAUAUUGUAUAGUAAUCGAUUAAAGUUGACCCACCAUGAGAACUAGGUAAUACGAUACUGUUUAAUAUCACUGAUUUACUUUAAUAUUUUUACGGUUACCUUCUAUUAGAAAUCUUUGUAGUGUUUGGUCCGUUGUUUAUUUAUUGCAAUUCAUUAAUCGAUUAUGUUUUCAUGUUGCAUUUGUGUUUAGUUGAUUUUAUAUUUAUAUUUUUGUAUUUAAAUUGUGUCGUGAUCUCAUUAUUUGAGUUGGUUAUUUUACGGAGAUUUUCAAAAACUUGGUUUUUUAAUGAUCAUUAUCAUAAGUAGGUGACUCGUGAGAUUAUAGAGAAUAACACAUUAUGGUGCAUAUGUAUUUGGUGCCUAAUUGUGCCAAUCCUUAUAUAAUAGUAGACUGAGUUGGAGUAAUAGGAAGAGCAACUUAGCAAGGAUAAUCAUAAUGCUUACGGUAUUUCUAGUGUGGUAUAGUUUAAUUGGCUAAGAAGGUUUGUUAAGAUAGUGAAUAUAUAAGGGUGUUUAAUGGCGGUGUCCGUUGGUUAUAUGAGUAAGUAAAAACUGCAUAUAUAUGUACUACCAAUACCAUAUCGAAUAGUUUCCUUUUUACAUUAUUUUGAGUCAAGAACUUCAUGAACUCAUGGCUCUGAAGUUGGUUUGCUUUCAAAACUGAUUCUAGUCAGCGCAGUUUGUUUAAGUAAAUAAUGGUUAAAGUUUCCUGCUAUAGAUUUUUCAUUUCAUGAUGUAAUUUACCUAAUACUAUGUCCUUAAUCUUCAUAACAAUUGUUCGGUUUUUCCAUCAGCUAUAAGUCAUUCUAUCAAAUGUAUAUUCUAAUGGUGAAAUAAUCAUAUUAUGUCUUUUAUCUUCGUUCAUUCGAACCUCAACCUUAAAGUGUGAUAAAACAAAUUGUUGAAGAUUCUAGCUAUUUCAUUAAUCAACAUAACCUUGGUGAAUAAGUAGACAAUUCUUUUCAAUUUAGAUGCUAAGUCACAUCCACGUCUAUGGUGUGUUAAAUAUUUUGUAUAUAUAUGCUUGGGGAAAAACGGAAUAGUUGUUUUCUGUCUUUUGGAUUCGAAUGUGUUUUUGAACAAAGCGAAUUUAAGCUUAUAUCAGUUUUAUGUCUUGAAAAAUUACCACCACAUAAAACAGUCUGAAUUUUUAUCUAACUCACUUAUAGAGGUUGUUUUGCUUUCACUUGUUAACAGAUUUCAUGCUUGUAUUGUUGUGUAAAUAUUACCCAUUCUCAGUAACUUCUUUACAUCUUAUUAUUCUAUUAAUUGUGAAUUGCAUAUCUCUUAAUAAUUAUUCUUUACAAUCCAUACGCUUUCGUUUAGAAGUUGAUUUUUUUCAGGAGGUGAAACACGGUUAAAUCUACUCCAUACGCCGCAUAUAUUAGAUCAGCUUUUUCCUAUUCCAUUUAUUAAGUUGCUCAUAGUCAUAACAGUCGUAAUCUUUCUUUAUAAAUUUCAAACGUUUUACUCAUAACUAAUUCAUUGGGAACUCCAAGAAAUUAUUUUAACAACAGAGUUAUAUAAGAGGCUAGAUACUAGUAAAAUGUUUAUCUCAUCUUAGCUUGUGACUCUUAAUCGUGCGUGUUAGAAGCACCACAUGAAAUAAAACCCAAGGAUCGACAAGCUUCUCAAUGACCCGAUAUGGGUUAGCGAGUAAACAUUUCUGUAGAAAUCUCGAAUGGAAAUGAAACAACUGUUCCUAGAUCUCUUGUUUCCUAAUAAUUUCCCAGUUGGUGUUAUGAUGUAAGUUGUCUUUUCGAAUCAUAUGAAUUUUAUUAAGAUAAUAAUGUUAGCAGCAGUAGCAAUAAUAAUAAUAAUCAAGAUAAGUAACUAUUUUAAAUUUAUAUAGAUACUAACUUUCUAAAGUUUUUUUUUGUUUAUUUAUUAUAGGUGACACGUUUGAAAAACUUGAAGAACCUGAUGAUCAAGGUUGGUGUAAAGGACGAAAAGAUGGUCGUGUUGGUCUAUAUCCUGCAAACUACGUAGAACUUUGUUCAAAAUAAUGUUACACAUAGAACAUUUGAUCCAUCAUUUCUUUUCAUCUGUGGCUUCUUGUUGUUCUUUGAAACAUUUUUACAAUUGCUUGUAUUCGUAUCGUAGAGUAUUGAAGGAAUGUGCAAAUAGUUAAAACAUGGAAUUUAUAUCUUUUUUUAUAUCUUCGUUGAUAUAUAUAUAUAUAUAAAGGAGCGGUUUCUUCCACAUGUCCUACAUACUUUUUGUAGAUGAGAAAACGUGACCCUAUCAUAUUUUAAAAACCAUUUAUUCGAGUUAUAGCGAACCACGAAAAGAGGACCUAACAAAUUUCAUUUAUUGAUGAUUAUUUUCGGUUUAUUUUCUGUGCCGCAUGGAUUUUUUCCAGAACGAAAAUUGCUAUUUAAUGUUACAUUUCUUCCUUUAGAAAACAAUGAUUAUCAUUUUCAAUGUCAUCACCAUUGUGUAAUAUCUGUCACUUACAAAUGUUGCUCUGUCACUGUUGAAUAAGGGAUUUUCAAGUGUAUUCACCAUAUAAAUCAACUCUUACUAUUUCCUUUAUCUUAUUUUUGUGAGUUGAAACACCGUAUAAACUUUGAUGACCAAUAUACAUAUGUAAUAGGAAUAAAUCUGAAAUAUUUAUCAAUUAAUUUAUGCUUGAGUAUAUUAAUUUCGCUUUAAACAUGGGCGCUGUCUAUUCUACUCAUUUCCCAUCUUUUUAAAAUAAUUUUUGUCCAUUUUAGUAUACGUACAUAUUAUAUUCAUAUUUAUGUAUAUACAUAUGUCUUAAAGUCGUUAUAUUAAGGCAAAUUUAUAGAGUUUCUCAUUGUUGCUAUAUAUGAAUGGUAUAUUUUUAUUUGUAACCUUAUCAUUAGUUUUUUUCUACUUAUUAGCAUUACAUUAUAUCCUUUUUUAUUUUUUCCCUCAUAAAUCGUUUAUCAUAUUAUUUUUUCUUACAUUCUUUCAUCGUUUCUCUAUUAUAUUUUGUUAUCUGACAAUUGAGUUGUCUGUUCUUCUAUAUCUGUGCAUGAAUCAUAACAGAUUUUCAUCGUAUUACGUUACUUGCUUCAAUUCGGUUGAAAUUUUCUUCCAUCUUAUAUAUAUAUAUAUAUAUAUAU